GAAGAUGUCUAAAGCGAAACGGAAGAAAUUAGCUGGAAAUGAAGACUGUUUGCAUGGCUGGGAUGACAAAAACUCUGAAGACACAAGAUCCUAUAAACAUACUAUGAAAGGAGAAACAGAACUUCAGAGAGUCAAAAUAGACAAAGAUGGGCAAGAGAAGAAGCAAGACCAAAGUUCCAAUAUUCCUCGUGGUGCUGAUGGAAGAUCCCAAGGAAAAUCUCCAAAUAGGAGCAAAACCACAGACAAUUCUUUAAUCCAAUCUGAAAAGCAAAAUAAAAUAGUUAUCCAAUUUAAAGCCAAAGAAAUUAAACAUGGAAAAAGUACAUGCACUCCUGAUAUUGUGACUACUAGCAGGGAAAGUCAUAACAAAAGUAAUUUUGAUGGAACAGAAGGAAAAAGACUGUGGCCUACCUUUGCAAUUCAGAGGAACAAGGUGGCAAAGAAAAAGGCAGAGAAACACGAAUUCUGCAAACUAAAGUUAAAAGCAGAACGAACUGUGUUGGAAAAAUCUAAGUCAUCUGUGUGCGGUUCACAUGUACCACAUAAAAAGGCAGCUGGAUCAAAAAAAUGGAGUGAAGAUGCCAGAAUUCCAAAAAAGCCAUCUGACACCUCUGCAGGGGCUGUGCAUGAUGGUAGGCCUUUCACUAAGAAGUCAAAUACACUAUCUAGGACUUGGGAAGAAGAAUAUGAAGAAAAAUACAAGGCAUUUUCUAAGAAAAAACGGCAUGCGCAUAAAUGCACACCAUCACGCUAUUCACCUGAAACACAACAGUGGGGCUAUUGUAAACAAAAAAAUCAGGAUGCUGAUUCUGAUAAAGCUUCUGGUAAUUCAGGGACUGAAGAAAGGGACUUUGAAGCUGCAGCAUUAUGUUUUAAGCAGAAUUCUGAGGUCCCAUGCAUGUCUGACUCCUACCAAGAAGAUGAGGAUAUAAAGUCUGUCCAAAAGAGCUUUGAAGUCUUUCCACCCCUUCAAGACAGUCAGAACCCCGAAACAGACCAAGAGAUGCAGAUAGUUGAAGAUUUGCAUGUUGCUCGUGUUCAGAAGAGGAUGGCACUGUCUGUAGUACAGACUUAUGGAGAACUUACAAGUAUGGAGAUAGAUCUUCCAGAACAGGAUUUAAGUAUUUCUGCUGAGGCUUUUACUUCUGGUCUGAACAUAUUAGUGGUGAUUGACACAAAUAUAAUGAUUAGUCACCUUGAAUUUGUCAGAUCUCUGAAAUCUGAGGAUAUACCAGGGGUUGGCAGACUUGCAUUAAUAAUUCCUUGGGUUGUCCUACAAGAGCUGGACAACUUGAAGAAGGGGAAAAUGUUGCAGCAUGUUCGGGACAAAGCUAUCCCUGCAGUCCAGUUCAUCUACACGUGUCUCAAAAACCAAGAUUCAAAAUUGUGGGGGCAAUCCAUGCAGCUUGCUUCUCAAAAAACAUAUGGCCUGAGUGAUGAGAACAAUGACGAUCGUGUUUUACAAUGUUGUCUGCAGUAUCAGAACCUCUUUCCUCAAGCUGUUGUCAUACUCUGCACGGAUGAUAAAAAUUUAUGUAAUAAAGCCAUUGUGAGUGAGGUCAAGGCAUUCUGCAAAGCUGAUUUGGUUACUGCUCUACAGAAUCUGAACGUAAACAGGCAUCAGAACUGUGUUGAGCUGCAACAGUCAAAAUGUGGUGCAGAAUUCAAGAAAACAGAAAGAGGUGAUGAUAGUCUUACGGCGCAAUUCCCAAAUGUACUUCCAGACCUUGAAAAGAACUUAGGAGAAGCUUUAUCUUGUAUUUUGGAGACUGAGAUGAAAAUUGCAUUUGGAAACCUAUGGAUGGAGAUACUGUAUCUGAAGCCACCAUGGACAUUAGCAAACUUGCUGAAGUGUUAUAAAAAACACUGGAUGGCUGUUUUUGGUUAUGUUGUGCCAAGGAGUUUGCUUUCAACCAUUGAAUGUCUCUAUAAACACCUUUGCACAGAUAAAACAGUUGACUCCUCAACAGUGGGUAUCUUGCUCCAGGAAUCCAAAAAAUUACUCCAUGCUUUCAGUUCAAGGUCAGACUAUAAUGGUGUACUUCCCCAGGCUUAUGCUGAAGUGAAUAAGCUAUACCAAACACUUACAGAGGUGAAGUCAGACAGUGAGCAGGAUUUAUCAGAAGACACCAUGGUUCUUUCGGAAAAUGCUGUAUGUGAAAAAAUGGAAGCAAUAACACCAAAUCUUCAAAACCGUGAAGAAAAAAAGUCACAUCCAAGCUUUCAUGUAGCUCAAGAAAGCAGGCACCAGGAAAUCUGGUCAGUCCUUGAAGCUGUAUGGAAUACAAUAAACUUGUACAGUAUUGAAAUUUUCCAAAAGUUGGACCCCAACGCAGUAACCUUGACUGCAAAGUCUUCGUUUGAAGAAGCUUUUUUAGGUCUGCAGAAACUGUUGGCAGCUGUGAAUGAUAUCCAUGAAGGAAUUAGUAGAACACAGAAUGGUGGCUACAGGAGAUGAAAGGAAUAUAAAAUUAUUAAAACCAGUAGACGGCAGCAGUGGUGUGAAAUCAUGGCCCUGCAGAUAGGAAUGUGUUACAGUUUUCUACAGAAAAAUAUAUUCCAGGACUGGAGCUUGUAUUCCAGUUCCUAUUUAGCUGAAAACAGCAAUAAGCAUGUUUUAUGAAUGCUGACCUGUUAAGAAUUUGUGGGGGAAGUUACUGGGCAAGCUCUUCUGUCACCAACUUCUUUUCAGUACUCUGUGUGUACAAUGGUUCUUCCUUGAAAACAAUAAAUGACUUUUAUUUGAAGAUAUUGUAAAGCUUUGAGCCAGAUGUCAGACUUCUCAUUUCAGGUUAUAAACCCAGAAGCAAUUGCCAUAAUCCAAGCAAACGCCAUAAAAUAAGUUACAGGAUUUAACAUUAAGUUACUUGUAUGCUCAUUUACAUGUUUUACUUUGGUUUUUUUUUUUUUUUUCAAAGAACCAGAAGCACAGCCGGUUUGUACAUCUGCCUGGUGUUUGGUACUUGUAGGCAGCUAAACCAAUAAUGUUAGCUGUUUGCUAGGAUACUUUGGUCACCAAUACAAAAAUAAGUAUGUUUUCCAAUUUGAUGUCCUGAUGGGAAAUGAAUAGGAAGAGUGGUGAGGGUUACCUUAUUGACUGCCUAAAGUGCAUAGUCUGGGAAACAUCAAUGGAAUCAUUUUUAAGUCUGCACCAUCCUAACUGGUGUCAAGAUUCAGAUUCUCUAGCAGUCAUGGAAAAGUGCUCCCUUCAGUGAGAAAAGAUCAGCUACGGUGUAUGUGAUGCUGGUGCUUUCAUGGUCUUACGUUCAUGAAGGGAAAGGAAAUACAGGCGGCGUGUUGGCUGCUUUCAUACUCACAGUACAAUUACAGAUCUGUGCAAAAACAGGGGUUUAAAAAUUACCUUGGAAUUGCAGUCUAAUAUUGCUUUGAAAAUUACUUUCAAACUGGCUUUCUUUAAAUGUAGCUUUGCUAAGAACAAUGGAGUGAAACUUGAAGUUUCUAGCCGCUACUUUGCCCUGGGAGGUUAGAAGUCAGGUGAACAGAAGUAGCCGUGCGGAGAUGCCGUAUAGUCAAAGGGAAAGGCAGCGCCGUUUAAUCCUGCCUUCCACUCUGCUCUCAGUCUCUUCCUUCACUUUUUUUGUAGCUCAUCCAUACAUUUUUCUUCCACAAAAUCCAGAAGCCCACAGUUAAUACAGGUCUUUCUCUCACCAGCUGCCCUUUCCCCCCACCCUCCAUCCUUCCUACAGAAAGCUUACCUGGCUGGGUUUCCCACCAGCAGCUCAGCUGUGGCAGCAGUCUUACUUAUCCUACACCCUUCCAUAUGUGUCCUUGGCAUGGCAGGAAAAAUACAGUGAUGAACAUAUUUUGCCCCAGCAUAUUGUGUGGCAAUAUGUAACGGCCUUCAGGUGAAGCUAUUAGUAAUAUCUUAACUUUUGUGUUUUGUACGGGUUUGCAUUCCAUUUUAUGAAAACAAACAUGCCAGCUUUCCUCCUUUUGGCAUUAAAUAGAAGGCAGAAUGGUACAAAAGUCAUCAGCGAUAGAAAUCACAGUUUCCCAGGCUCGGGUAUACUCAUUUAUUUAUAUUGCAGAUGAUGGAUGUGAUAGCUAAAGCUGCUGAUGCAUUGUCCCAUGCAGACAGGGCUGCUGGCUAAAGGCUGCAUGGAGCCGGUCGGUGGGAAUCUUAGCUACAGUCCAAGCUGCCAAGAUUCCUGGCGUUUCCAAGGUUGUUUGCCAAAUUGUCUCUGCUGGGGUUUUACGCUGUCAAAGCUGAUAGCUUUCUCACUGAGGUAGCAGUUGAAGGCUUCGAGGUAUUUUUAGGAAAACUAGCCAGUUGGUUUACGUGCUGACUUUUAGUUGUCAGGUUAAGUGUUUUAGUUUAAGAAAAAAAAUUCUGGGUACAUCUUCUUACAAAGUGGGGAAGAAUGUGUGACUAAUUUUUGUAACAGUGAUAAUUCCUACGUAAAAUCAUGAUGAAAAUAAGCAGCGGACUUACUAGUUACGAUAAAUCCUGUGGAGUGUCACGGUCUUGCAGCCUGUUUGAAAUACAGUGUCUUUUUUAACUGGGAUUUUUAACUUACUCUGUUAGUGUUCUGGGUUUUUUCAAUUCCUAAUUAAUUCAUUUAUAAAGGCUUACAGCUUGCAAGGGGAGGGAGGGAAGAAUUUGGGCACUUUCCCAUGGGAAAGUAAAUAGAGCUUCCCAAAAAGAUUUUUUUUUUAAAUAUUUUUUUUUUCUAAAUCCAAUCAUUUUCUGAAUCAUUAUUUGCAUACUUAAAACUUAACAUAAGGCAGAAUUUUAUCAGUAUUUCUUAAUAUAUGUAAAGUGUUACAUAUUUUUUUAAUGUAGAUUUUAAUGUACCUUUUGUAAAGUUUAAGAGGGUUCUGUUUUUUCCUAGUGAAUGCAAAUGAAGUUACACUGAGGUAUAACUGAAUUAUAUCUGCUUAAAUAGAUUAGGAUAAUUAAUUUCUGAGGGAAUCACUUCCUUACUGGAUCUUUUUUGGAGCCUUGUUGAAAAACGGUGUACGUCUUUCAGAACUUCACAACACCUCAUGGAGAGACCAAAGCCGAUGCU